AUGGAAGAAGAAGAAGAAGCUCCGAUUCUGAGACUAGAGAUCCUGCAAGGUCCUCGACAAGGUGAAACCCUAGAAUUCAAACCCAGAUCCGCAGUUCGAAUAGGUCGCGUCGUCAAAGGCAACACUCUCCCCAUCAAGGACCCCGGCAUCUCCUCCAAACACCUCUCAAUCUUAACCGAAUCCAACAAAUGGGUCCUCCGCGACCUCGACUCCUCAAACGGCACCGUUUUGAACGGCUCCAGCGUCCCUCCCAACACCCCCUUCACUCUCCACCACGACUCCACCAUCAAGAUCGGCGAACUCACCUCCAUCCACGUCCUCUUCCUACAACCCCCCGCUCAAUCCACGCUUCCGCUUCCUCCCGCCCCACGCGCUAGAGGCAGACCCAGAGCUAGGGGUGCCAAGGGUAGGGUUCAGCCUCAGAGCUUCGACCAAAACGGCGACGCCAGUGUGCUAAACGCUGAACCUGCGCGCGUGCCUGCACCCGCGCGUGUAACGCGGAGGUCCAACAGAGAGCGGAGUGCGGUUAGGGUUUGCGAUGAUGCUCCGGAGGAGAAGGGGAGGGAAGAACCCAAGAGUACGCGGGAUCCGAGUUUGAUUGAGGUUUCUGAUUCCAGUGUUGGGAAUUUGGAUGUUCCCGUGGAGGAACUGAAGAAGGCGCGCGUGAAGCGAAACUUGAAGACCGCGCGUGCGGUGGCUGGGAGUGUUGAGGGUGGAGUUGAGAAUGUUGAGAAGAUGAAAAGUAAGGGUGCUGCUGGGAAGAGGGGAUUGGGAGUUGCUUAUAAGCAACUCCCACUGGAGAUGCUCUUACGUAUCUAUCGGCAGAAUCGUUAA